UUGGUAACGCACAAGCCUUGGAAAUUCUGUGUGGUCGUCGACGAGAAGAGAAAAGCGGAAAUUCGGUCUCUUGUUGAAGCCGAUGCCAGAGACAAUUACGUGCGCCGAAUGGGCGAAGGAACGGAAUGGGUGAUGGGAGUGUCGCAGCUGCAAGAAACAUGGAGACGACCGUACCUCACCGAUGCUCCGGUUCUGCUAGUCGUCUGUCAUGAGAUUUUCAAAACUGUGGGAGGUGCACAAGUGCGGCUAUUCCACUAUAAUGAAAUCAGCACUGCGAUCGCUGUCGGCAUGAUGUUGUCUUCAAUACAGUACGUUGGUCUCAACACUGUCGUGACUUCUCCACUAAAUGCAGGGUCACAAAUUCUGCGACUUUUACCCGUCCCAACCAAGCGAAUCGUGUUGCUCCCUAUUACCCGCUCGGUUACGCCGCUGCGAUGCUAG